AUGGUUUUGUGUGCGUUCGGAUACCAGAUUGGGCAAAUUGCUGCUGGGAUUUCCUUUGAGGCACUCGACCCCCCAGUGUCGUUGGACAGCAGCAGGGGCACCCUUAGAAAUGCGGAAAACGGCUACCGGGAUCGCCUCGACCCAAACAUCAAUUUAGCAAAACCGAGAAAACGCAGCGGCGAUUUUGUCCUUUUAAACCGAAAAUCAGGUUUGGGCGAUAUGCACUUGGCGGAGCUCGAGACAAUCGACCCUUCGAGACGAAACAAAUGCGUUUCGUUCCUGAACAGCUUUUUGUCUCAGCUGCAGUCCGUUCCCGUCCGGGAAAGUUCGGAGUUUUCGGAGAAUUCGAAAAGCAAAAUAAAUAAAAUGAAAAACGGAAGCAGCGGCGAAGGCAGCGUGGGCGCGUUUGAGGUGCACGUACACCGGAACGGGGUGUACCCGCAGCGGGACGGGGUGUACGUACACCGCAACGCGCGCAACAGCUCGCUGCCGGCGCCAGGGGGCGUUUCGAAAACGCGGAAAAGUGCUUUUUCUUCGGAACUAAGUCGAAUAGAUAUGCCAUUAGACCCUUUUUUGGAUUCCCCGUCAAAAAAUAACCUUUUAUCUGCACUUGUUUCCGAAAUUGGACUCAACUGGAGCCUCGACUUCUUCACUUUGUCCAGACUCACCCAGGGGCACGUCUUGCCCACCGUCGCUAUACAGCUCAAGCGUGUGUUUUUGUCUGGGGCAAAUUCGCUGCCGAUGGACGAGAGCAAAUGGCUCGUUUUUUGCCGGGAGAUUUGCAUUAGAUAUCGGCAAACCCCGUACCACAACGAGCAGCACGCGGGGACGGUGGCGCACCUGAACGUGUGGCUGUUGCGUCGCACGGGUUUUUGGUUUUCACUCUCCAACCGCCAAAAACUCGCCGUCGUCGUCGCAGCACUCACCCACGAUGUGGGCCACUUCGGACUCAACAAUUCUUUCCUCAUCAACUCCAACCAUCCUCUCGCAAUUACUUAUAACGACAGAGCAGUGCUGGAGAACUUCCACGCCUCGGUGGCAUUUCGGACAAUUUUAUUUUACUCCGAAGGAGCUGCAAAUAUAUUUCACAAGUUCACCAGCAAACAGUACAAAGAAGAGCGUGUGCGGAUAAUAGAGCUGAUUCUGGAGACGGACUUGUCGACGCAUUUCGACUUUUUGGCGCAAUUUCGACUUCAGUUGCAUUUUUUGAAUUCGAAAAUAAAUUCGGAAAAGAAAUCCGAAAUAGAUUUCAAAAGUCCCCAAACCCUAAACCCUCACAAAACCCUCAAGACAGACCCCGCGGACUGCUGGACCCUCGCCAAGGCCUGCAUUCGCUGCGCAGAUGUCGGACAUUCUGCAGUGAAGUGGGAGCAGCACUACAAAUGGUCACAGGCCCUCAUGAACGAAUUUUUUGCACAAGGGCGGCAGGAGCUGGAGCUGGGCCUGCAGGUGUCUCCUGUCUGCGACGAGGCCGCCACGGAUGUCCCCAAAAGUCAAAUUGGGUUUUUAAAAUUAAUUUGUUUUCCUCUUUUCGAAAGUUUGGCGCAAGCCGACAACUCCGGAGACCUCGCCGCGAUUUGUUUGAGUUUCUUGAAGGACAAUUCGGAAACUUGGCAAAGAAUUUCCGACAGUGAAAUGGACUGGAGAGAAAUCUCCCAAAUCAACAAGUGCAACAAAUACAGAUGUGCCACUCCUCCGAUGUAA